GCCUGCGCGGGGCCCGCUCCGCUCCGCUCCCUCAGCGCCGCGCCCGGCCCGGCCCCGCCGGCAGCGGGGGCAGCUGCGGGAACGGGGCUGCCGAGCCGCCCACGAUGAGCUGGUUCAACGCCUCGCAGCUGUCCAGCUUCGCCAAGCAGGCGCUGUCGCAGGCGCAGAAGUCCAUCGACCGGGUGCUGGACAUCCAGGCCGAGGAGACCCCCUGGCCCGACGCCGUCAUCCCCGACUACGGUGACGGAACAAAUUCUCUCAUAAGUGGAGGAUGGGACACAUCUUCCUGGGGCUUGAACUCAACUACAGAACCCCAGAAUCAGCCAGUAUCGCCCACAGCCAUCACAAAGCCGGUGAGGAGGACGGUGGUGGAUGAGUCUGAGAACUUCUUCAGUGCCUUUCUCUCCCCAACAGACGUUCAGAGUAUCCAGAAAAACCCAGUGGUGUCCAAACCUCCAGCCAAAUCACAGCGACCCAAAGAGGAGGUGAAGAGCACUUUAAAGGAGUCUCAACACUCCAGUCAGCUGGAAGGGCCAGUGACAGCAGAGGCAGAGGUGAAGGAUUCCUCUGUAGCUGACCUGGACUUGAAAAGCCUUGAUAUUCCCAAGGAGAAAUUAGAAGAGAAUGCUGUACUUAAAUCUGAUGUGCAGCAUGAGGCAAGCACAAAUGAAGUUACUGACAAAAAGGUGUCUGCUCUAAAUUUUGAAGAACCUGAAGUUUCUCCUACUGAGAAAUCCAAUGUGGGAGGAGAUGGAGCAGCAGGUGCACCCGAGGGCACUUCUCAGCCCCUUGGAGCAGGCACGAAAGACCUGGCCUUGGAAGGGAAGGAGAGAAAGACUGAGGACAGACAAAGCAAUACCCCAUCACCUCCCAUCAGCACCUUCUCCUCAGGCACGUCCACAACCAGUGAUAUUGAAGUUCUGGACCACGAAAGUGUGAUAAGUGAGAGCUCAGUAAGUUCCAGACAGGAAGCUGCAGAUUCCAAGUCCAGCCUUCACCUCAUGCAGACGUCGUUCCAGCUCUUAUCCACGUCUGCCUGUGCGGAUUAUAAUCGCUUAGAUGACUUCCAGAAAAUGACUGAGAGCUGUGGCUCCUCAGAUGCUUUUGAAAGAAUUGAUUCAUUCAGUGUGCAGUCCUUGGAUAGCAGGAGUGUCAGUGAAAUAAAUUCAGAUGAUGAGUUAUCAGGCAGGGCUUCUGCUUCAGCGUCUGUCGCUGUCAGUCCUUCCGUGCCAAAGACAGAAACGGGUGACGCCCUGAAAAAUAAAUCUGAAAACUUGAAUGAUGCUCCUGUGCCACAUGCUGAGGAAGCUGAGAUGGAAGAGAGUGGGAGAAGUGCAACCCCUGUUAAUUCUGAGCAGCCAGAUGUUGUUUUGGUUGCUGCCGUGCAAACUGUUGAAAGACAGGUGGUGAAGGAGGAGGCUGAGCCCCAGCAGGAUGCUGGGCAACAGUUGGUAGAAGAGGACACUGAAAAGCAAGAGCUUAAAAAGAUGAUUGAUUCAUUAACAGAGAAGCUGGAGAAGAGGGAAAUACAGUUACUAAGCACUAGUAAAGAGAGGGCUCGCUUGGAAGAAGCUUAUGAUAACCUCAAAGAUGAAAUGUUUAGAAUGAAAGAAGAGAGCAGCAGCCUUUCAUCUCUUAAGGAGGAGUUUGCUCAGCGAAUUGCAGAUGCUGAGAAGAAGCUCCAACUAGCCUGCAAAGAGAGAGAUGCAGCUAAAAAGGAAGUAAAGACUGUUAAAGAGGAAUUGGCUACUAGACUUAAUACCAAUGAAACUGCUGAAUUAUUGAAAGAAAAAGAAGAGCAAAUCAAAGGAUUAAUGGAGGAAGGAGAAAAGCUUUCCAAGCAGCAGCUGCAGAAUUCCAACAUUAUUAAGAAAUUAAGAGCCAAAGAGAAAGAGAGAGAAAAUAUUAACACAAAACAGAACAAAAAGAUUAAGGAAUUGGAAGAGGAGUUGCAGCAUUUAAAACAGGUGCUUGAUGGCAAGGAGGACCUUGAGAAGCAGCAUCGAGACACCAUUAAACAACUGAACAGCGUUGUGGAGAGACAAGAGAAGGACCUCACUAAACUUCAGGCAGAAGUGCAGGAGCUUGAAGAAAGGAACAGGAGUGUGCAGGCAGCACUCGACAGUGCCUACAAGGAACUUGCAGAUCUUCAUAAAGCUAAUGCUACAAAGGACAGCGAGGCUCAGGAAGCAGCCCUGAGUCGGGAGAUGAAGGCAAAGGAAGAGCUUGGGUUAGCACUGGAAAAGGCCCAGGAGGAGGCUCGGCAGCAGCAAGAAGCUUUGGCAAUUCAGGUGGCGGACCUGAGGCUGGCACUGCAACGUGCAGAGCAGCAGGCAGCAAGAAAAGAAGAUUAUUUACGGCAGGAAAUUGGUGAACUACAGCAGAGACUGCAGGAAGCAGAGAGCAGGAACCAAGAGCUGAGCCAAAGUGUAACCUCUGCUACCCGGCCGCUGCUGCGGCAGAUAGAGAACCUGCAGGCCACGCUGGGAGCACAGACCUCUGCCUGGGAGAAACUGGAGAAGAACCUUUCUGACAGGCUGGGUGAGUCUCAAACUCUUCUAGCAGCAGCUGCUGAGAGAGAACGGGCUGCUACAGAGGAACUUCUUGCUAAUAAAAUUCAGAUGUCUUCUUCUGAAUCUCAAAAUAGUCUUUUAAGGCAAGAAAAUACCCGUCUUCAGGCUCAGCUGGAAGUGGAGAGAAACAAAUUGAAGAAAAUGGAAAAUGAGAACAGCAGGUAUGAGGUUGAACUAGAAGGGCUCAAAGAUGAGUAUGCAAAAACCUUGGAAGAUGCAAAGAAAGAAAAGGCGCUGCUGGCUACUCAGUUAGAAAUGGAGAAGAUGAAGGUUGAACAGGAGAGAAAGAAGGCUGUUCUUGUCCAAGAAGCAGCAAAGGAGAAGGACCGAAAGUCAUUCACAGUUGAAACUGUAUCAAGUACACCCUCAAUGUCCCGCUCCAGUUCCAUAAGUGGGGUGGACAUGGCAGGUCUUCAGACCUCUUUCCUCUCACAGGAUGAGCCUCAUGAUCACUCCUUUGGACCAAUAGCUACCAGUGGGAGCAAUCUCUAUGAUGCAAUAAGGAUGGGAUCAGGUUCAAGUAUAAUUGAAAACCUUCAGUCACAGCUAAAACUGAGAGAAGGAGAGAUUUCACAUCUACAGCUGGAAAUUGGAAACCUGGAGAAAACUCGAUCGAUAAUGGCAGAAGAGCUGGUUAAAUUAACAAAUCAAAAUGAUGAACUUGAAGAAAAAGUGAAGGAAAUACCCAAAUUACGCACACAGUUAAAGGACUUGGAUCAGAGGUACAACACCAUUCUGCAGAUGUAUGGGGAGAAGGCAGAGGAGGCUGAGGAGCUCCGACUGGAUCUGGAAGAUGUGAAAAACAUGUACAAGACUCAGAUAGAUGAACUUUUAAAACAAAGACAAAAUUAAUGCCUCGUGGAACUGUUAGCGUUGUAUGGUGACAGACUGUAAAGAUAACUGUUUAUGUAAAUGCUGAAUUUAAAUGUCUUGUAAAAAAACCCUGUAUUAUAGAAAAUGUGACUAUAUUAUAGAGUUCAUAUGUUGACAGAAGAA